GAACUUACGCAUCCCGAGAGAAGUUGAGCAGUGGGGUCGCAAGUGUGUGUGCGUGUUCUUUUAUGAAAUUUAGAACAGAGCCGCGUGCGUUAACCUGCACAGCAGCCCCCCUUUGUUAAUCCACUGCCUGCUGUGGACGAAGGCGUCGCACGUGUGAGUUUGCAUGACCAUACUUCACCAUGCUGGUCGGUGCGGGUUGAUGGAGGUGGAGGGGAGGACGCAUUGACCGGACUAGGGUGUGUGUGUGUGUGUGGGACACACGAUGCCAUGAGCCUGCCCGGCGCCGUGGUGUUGAUCAUCGGAAUCGCUAUCUGGUGGAUGUCGCGCGUGGUGCUGCUGGUGGUGGCCACUGGAGGAGGAGGACGAGGAAGAGACUUCACGGCACAGGACAUCGUUCAGCUUUAUCCAGCCACAACCCCAUUUCCUGGUGGCUUCAAAUGCUUCACGUGUGAAGAUGCCCGUGACAAUUACGAUUGCAAUCGCUGGGCCCCGGAUGUCUUCUGCCCACGAGGCUCGCGCUACUGCUACACGCGCCACCUCAUGGACGGGCUCGGCGCCAGCGAGUCGGUCACCAAGCGUUGUGUGGCCGUGCGUGACUGCGUCGGGGCCACGGGGUGCCGGACGCUCGCCGACGCGCGCCGCACGGAGUGCGUUUCGUGCUGCGAAGGAAACAUUUGCAACCUCCCCGUCCCACGCAACCACUCGGACGCGGUCUUCUCCACCGAGAUUCCCGUGUGGCCGUCUGGAGCUUCGUCGUGUCACUCGGCACGCUGGCCGGUGCUCUGCGCGCUCCUCAGUGCGCUGAUGCUGCCAGCGUGAGGAUUGGCACACCACGCUGGCCGGAACUGCUGAUACUGCCAGCGAGAGGACCGGCACCACGCUGGCCGGUGCUGCCGCCGACGCUGACAGCGUAAAGACUGGCACCACGCUGGUGCCCAACGUGAGGCGUACGCAUGCAAGGGCCAGCGGCGGGACGAUGGACAAAACCGAUUGGGCGUUCGGGGAGCAAGAGGCCGACGGCGAUGUGGCGUUCUCGCUCAUCCGGGGCCACGUGCUGCAAGUUGCCGUUUUGCUGGUGUGACUUUACGACGCGCACGCAACAACAGCCCUUUACCGCUCCACUGCCGGAUGGCAGCCCGUUCAAGCUAAGCAUCUCUUUUUGUUUUAAACCCAACAUCAAUGCUCAGAAAGAUCAAAACAUUACGUAAAAAAAAAAACAUGAAACCAAUACACAAUAAUUUGAAUAGGAAACUUUAAUCAGAAUACUUAUUUAUACUGGAGGAAUCCGAUGAGCUAUCAAAC